AUGGGAAACACCACCAGCGAUCGAGUGGCCGGGGAGCGCCACGGCGCCAAGGCUGCGCGCGCCGAGGGCGCCGGCGGCCAUGCUCCGGGUAAGGAACAUAAGAUCAUGGUGGGGAGCACGGACGACCCCAGCGUCUUCAGCCUGCCGGACUCCAAGCUCCCUGGGGACAAAGAGUUUGUAUCAUGGCAGCAGGAUCUGGAGGACUCCGUAAAGCCCACACAGCAGGCCCGGCCCACUGUUAUCCGCUGGUCUGAAGGAGGCAAGGAGGUCUUCAUCUCUGGGUCCUUCAACAAUUGGAGCACCAAGAUUCCACUGAUUAAGAGCCAUAAUGACUUUGUUGCCAUCCUGGACCUCCCUGAGGGAGAGCACCAGUACAAGUUUUUUGUGGAUGGACAGUGGGUUCAUGAUCCAUCAGAGCCUGUGGUUACCAGUCAGCUUGGCACAAUUAACAAUUUGAUCCAUGUCAAGAAAUCCGAUUUUGAGGUGUUUGAUGCUUUAAAGCUAGAUUCAAUGGAAAGCUCAGAGACAUCUUACCUUUCCAGCUCACCUCCAGGGCCUUAUGGUCAAGAAAUGUAUGUGUUUCGAUCAGAGGAGAGAUUUAAAUCCCCACCCAUCCUGCCUCCUCACCUUCUCCAAGUUAUUCUUAACAAGGACACUAACAUAUCUUGUGACCCAGCCUUGCUCCCCGAGCCCAAUCAUGUCAUGCUGAACCAUCUCUAUGCAUUGUCCAUUAAGGACAGUGUGAUGGUCCUUAGUGCAACCCAUCGCUACAAGAAGAAGUAUGUCACUACUCUUCUGUACAAGCCCAUCUGA